AUGUCGGAAGGAUCCAAGGGCCAAGGCCUGCUGCGCCGAGUGAUUGAGGCUGCCCUACUCCGUCAGGAUAACACGCCUCCGCCUAUUGCUGCUCAUGCGGCCGCCGCUGCCCAGCGUAGUAACAGCGGGCCCUAUGGCUCGGGGGCCCCUGCGGGUAAUGGCAUGCCGGACCUCGAGCAAGGAGGGAAGCGGUUCACCAGCAUGACCCAGGAUCCCGAGCUUCUGAUUCCGCCCAAUGACAAGCUUCUGAUCUUCCGGGCCUUAACUGGCAUUGAUAGUGUUCCUGCUCUCACGCAAGGCGGACAUCUCCUUCGCACCGCCCCCAAUGUUGGUAUCUACACACGCGUCGUGACCAGUGAAAGUCAGGCUCGACAGGCCUACACCAUCUUCAACUACCUCAUCAACACUUGUCUGGGCAUCCAGAUUGUCGUCGCUGCGGCAUUGACAGCGCUCGGCGCCGCCAGUGGUCCCCACGCGGCCAUCACGGCAUUCGGUGCAAUCAACACCAUCGUGGCCGGAAUCUUGACCUACUUGCGCGGCUCGGGCCUUCCAGACCGCCUGAAGAGCUACGAGAACAAGUGGAAGAACAUCCGAGAGUACAUUGAGCAACGCGAACGCGAGUUCUGCUUGGUGGGCUGCGAUCUAGACGUACAAGAAGAAGUGUUUAUCGUGGAGAGCAUGUACCAGAACGUCAAAUCGGAGAUGGAAUCGACCAAGAGUAGCGGCGAAGGCAGACAGCAGCAGCCCGACGACCCUCGAAUCCGGCGCUCGCUCCUCCCGCCUUCCAACAAUCUCAGCGGCCAUCGGAACACCGCGACGUCCGCCAGACGGCCCGAGGCACAGGCGUCGAGCCCUCCAUCAAGAGAGGGGGAUGUCAGCCCCAUCGCAGUUCCCGAGCAUGCGGCGGAAAAGAUCUAA